AUGUCCUACGAACUUAAUGCCUCAGUGGCUCUUAAAAUUGCCAGAUCAGGCGCCGAACAUUGGCCACACCCUGCAAGUGGUCCGCUAUUUGGAUUUCCCGAGACCCCUGACUCAGUAAAGAUUUCCCAUGUAUUUUCGUUUCCAACCAACAAUAACCACCACAAUCAAAAUGAAGAGGGAUUCUCGUUCCGUUCAAACGUCAACUUAGAUUUUCAGGAAAGAACUUUGCAAGAGUUGAACAAGGCUAAAAUUGGUGCCCAGUUUUCAGGUUGGUAUCUGUGUUCCCAAGGUGGUAGAUUCAUUACCCAAUCAGUCUUGGAAACUAUGCUUCAAUUCCACAACCAAAGAGCCAAAUCUCUUGAUAGACAGCCAGAGUUAGUAUUGGUCGUUCAUGAGACCUCCAAGGCAAGACAAGGACUAGUAAGCUUCAAAGCUUACAUUCUAAGCCCCCAGUUAAUCCAAACAUCCCAAAUGCGUGAAAAGUUCAUUACAAAGAAUCUACGUACAGCAGAGCUGACAUUCUCAAAUUUGUUGAAGGAAGUUCCUUUGACGGUCCGUAACCUGUCUUUAGUAGGAGGUGCUCUUGAUGGACUCAUUCCUGACGACGUUUCUACUGAGAGUGAAAGAAUAUUGGCCCUCGGAAACUCUACCCAGGGAGAUUUGAAUACCAUAGAACAAUUGUUGGAGACAGUCGACCAUUUUAAUCACAACCAGGGAAAUUUCCACUACUAUCAAAGACUUUUGUCUCGUGAGCAGCAAAGAAUCAGUCAAUGGGUAUCAAAGAGAGAACAAGAGAACGCAGCUACGCUAAAACGCAACCCCAACGCUACCGAAUCUGAGCUACUGAGAACAGAUUCCUAUGAAUGGUGUAAACAUUUCAAGCUGCCAACGGAACCAUCCAGAUUGGAAAACUUGGUUUUAAGUGGACAAAUAGAUGCCUUCUGUGAAGGGCUUAUAAACUCUGCUGACAUCGAGAUAGCUAAGUCAAUCGGUGUCCAGAACCGUCUUUUUAACUAG